GUUACCCCUAGCCCCGCCUGAGAGGUGGGAGCCAAGUGCUUUCUUGGGUGACACAGGAGCAGCUUCUACGUUCGAUUGAGCGGGCCUGGGAAAGGUUCCCAGAAGGCCGCGCGCUGGAGUCUCUGAGCGCAGUCAUGGCGGGCUUGGUGAAGAAGACUACUGGCCUGGUGGGGUUGGCCGUUUGCGACACUCCACACGAGAGGCUAACAAUAUUGUAUACAAAGAUUCUUGAUCUUCUGAAGCACUUUCCUAAACAUGCAGCCUACAGAAAGUACACAGAACAGAUCACCAGUGAGAAGCUGGAGUUGGUCAAAUUGGAACCAGAUGUUAAAAAAUUAGAAAACUUGCUUCAGGGUGGUGAAGUAGAAGAGGUGAUUCUUCAGGCUGAAAAAGAACUAAGUCUGGCAAGAAAAAUGUUGCAGUGGAAGCCCUGGGAGCCACUGGUGGAGGAGCCCCCUGCUAACCAGUGGAAGUGGCCAAUAUAAUCCCAGUGUCUGAUGAUGGAUGAAUCUAAUGUGCAAUUAAAUGUUCUGUGAUGCUAACGUGUUCAUGUUAUUGACUUUAAUUAGAAGUAUGUAUGUGUAUUAUAUUUCGGAGACAUUUAGAGGACAACAUUGGUGGCUUGCAGUUUCUCAUUUCUGAUGUCACACAGUGAGCUUGCUGUGCCUCUGUCUCUGUCUUUCUCCAUUGAAUUUCUUCUCCUAUUGGUUUUGGGCAUCUUUGACAGAUGUAUCUUGGCAGACAAGAAAAUGAUCUUCAACUUUGGUGUCUCCUGUCCUUGCUACACAUCUGGACUUAAGGCUGACUAUUCCAGUUACUGGGCAGUCUUCCUUUUGGGAUGCAAAUGGCUUUUACCUUGGAUAACCAUAGAUAUAUUCAGCUUGGGAUGGUUGUGGAUGGGUGUGUAAUGAUUUUAUAAAGAUGACAGGUGUACACUAGGACUGUCCUGAGCAAACAGCAUAUGAUACCCUACCAGAGUGAUGUUAGGAUGUCACUUACUGGAGGCCACAUCUAUUGAGUGUGAGGCCAGCAAGAGGCAGUUUCUAUUGUGCCCCUAGACUCAUUCUCCCUUGCCUUUCACUCAGAUUUGCAGGAUAGAAGAAAAUGCUUGUCUUAAUUUUUCUCCCUUUCCUAAAGAACAGUAGAAUGCUGCUAACUAAAUCUGGGUGUUUCUCCAAAAGGAAAUGAACGUCCGUGGGGUAAGGCUCAUGUAAAGGCUACUGUUAUGCCCCUGUCUGUGCAUGUGCUGGGCAUUAGUGAAAGAUGCUAAACAGCUAAGCAUCACACAUUUUUGUUCACAUUAAAGUUUUCCCAAAAACCGUGGAUGAGAUCCUAAAAUGUACAUUCAGAUUGAAGGUAGUUGGUGGAGACUACAGAAAUGUAUAUGCAAGUCUCUUUAGAGGUAGUCCUCUAAAACUAGUGGAGUCGUGCAAAAAAAUGACUUAGUAUGGUCAGGGAGGCCUGGUUCAGAGGUGUGCAUGGCUGUGUGCUCACUAGUGCUUGAGAUGGAACCUAGGCCCUCGCACAAGUGAGAAGCACACCAUACGUGUGUGUGCAGAGCCAUAGGAGAGCCCUAGGACAACUUAAAGUAUGUCACUCCCCGAGUACCAUUCAACCUUCCCCUCCCCCCGCCGCCAUUUUUUUAAAUUUUAUUGGUUUGUUUGUUUGUUUAUUUUUUAAGACAGAAUCUCUCAUUGGCCUAGGAAGGUUUCUCCUGCAUUGGAAUUGCAAGUCUGUGGCACCAGCCCUGUUUUGUAAAGAUGGCUUCUAGAAGUCAAAUUUAGGUUCUCGUGUAAGUCAAGCAUUCUGCAGUUGGCUUCUCUUCAGGUUCCUGGUCUGGAUUUCGUACUUUUUUCAUAGCUCAUGUGCAAGAGCAGCUCUGAAGAGGUCCACCAGCGGCACAGACUGACCUGGUAUGACCAGAAUAUUCUGUGAACCUGGCUGUAGGAAAUGGGAACGUAGCAAAUCACAUGAAUAAAGACAGUGUGUUUUGAAUGUGCCAUAGAACUCAUGAAUUGUGUGCCCUCCACUGUUAGUUAAUUUUCAAAGCAGUCUUCAAAUGUCGAAGUGUACUCAAUGAUCUAUUAAUUUCUGUAUAUGAUUGUAAAUUGCAAGAUAUGUUUCAGGAUAUCAUGAUUCUCAGUUUUCAUGUGGACCUUGUAGCUUUCUUAGAGCUAAACAUGCACUACCUUGUUACAGAAUAUCACAUUUUACUCUUUUUCUGAGCAUGGAUUCCUUUUCUCCAGAGAAAAACAGGCCUGCAAAUCUCUGGAAUAGAGACUUCCAUAGCUCACUUGUAAAUAAACCCAACCUAAGUUGA